UUUUUUUUUCGCUUCUUCUUUUCCUCUUUGCCAAACUCUUUUUGCUUUUUUGCGUUACUUCUUUAUUAUUCUAUUCUUAUCUAUUGCGAUUAAAUGAGUGAGCCUCAUCAAAAGACGCCUCUCUUGGAGCAUGCGAAUAAAAAGCCUCCUUUGAGCCGUCCAAAAGCGCACCGGCGUCGGUCGUCUUUUGAGGCCUCUACUUAUAACAGUGCGGGACGAUCCAUGACCUAUGUCAAACCCUUCGAUCCUGUACCGACGACCGAUCCAGGCCUUAGUUUUGCCAAAAUCCUGGCGUUAACCGUAUGCAUGGCCGGUGUUCAGUUUACAUGGACCGUGGAGUUAUCGUACGGUACGCCUUAUCUUUUAUCACUAAAUCUGUCGAAAGAAUUGACGGCGCUGGUGUGGUUGGCCGGUCCUUUAUCGGGACUGCUCGUGCAGCCGUUGAUCGGCGCAUUCAGUGAUAAAUGUACGUCUCGCUUUGGCAAACGUCGACCUUUUAUGGUAGUCGCUGGCGCAUUAACCUGCUUAUCCAUGAUUGGCGUUGCCUAUGCAAGAGAAAUCGGAAAUACGAUUGCCCAUCUAACGGUAUCUGACGAUGAUCCCGAUGCCCUUCGUUACGCUAAACAUACCAAUGCGAUUUUGGUGGCGGUAGCUUCGUUUUACUUUCUCGAUUUCACCCUCAAUGCUGUGCAGGCGAUCUGCCGAGCUUUAAUUCUCGAUAUCCCUCCGUUAUGGCAACAAGAUUACGCUAAUGCUUGGAGCGCUCGCAUGAGUAAUUGCGCCAUGGUGAUUGGCUACUUUGUGGGAUUUUUGGAUCUUGUGAAAUACUUUCCGUGGCUAGGCGAUACCCAGAUCAAGAUCUUUUGCAUCAUGGCCAUCCUUGUUUUUGUUAUCACCAUCACCAUUACAUGCAUUGUCACCAAAGAGAAGAAACUUGACAGAGAAGAAAAGGACAAUCUGCCGUGGUAUCAUACCUUUGUUUAUAUUUGGCGCGCGUUUCGAUUCUUACCCAAGCCGAUCCAGACUCUUUGUAAUACCCAGUUUUUUGCUUGGAUGGGUUGGUUCCCAUUCUUGUUCUACAGUACGCAAUGGGUGUCCGACAUUUACUUUGCUUCGCAUCCAUCCAAUCAAGCCGAUCAAGGCAAUUGGGCCGACGGUACGCGUGCAGGGUCUUUUGCCUUGUUGUGCUAUUCCAUCAUGUCCGUGGUCGCCGGUCUAGUAAUUCCAGCCAUCGUGAUCCGAUUCGAGAAAAUCAAGCUAUUCUCUCUGACCAACGUCUACACUGCAUCUCAUCUUAUUGUCGCUGCAUCAUUACUAUCCACUUAUUUCAUUCGAUCCGUGACCGCCGCGACUUUCAUCUUGACCGUCAUGGGCAUCCCGUGGGCCAUUGUGCUGUGGAUCCCGUUCUCCUUGGUGGGCGAGUUUGUCAGCUUCGAAGAUGAACGACGACAAAUCGGCCAUGAAGCAUCCUCGUCUUCCGCUGCUAGACUGGAAGAUCAGCAAGAAGAAUUUGACGCCGGCAUGAUUCUCGGCGUUCACAACAUGUACAUUGUAUUCCCUCAGUUUGCUGUAGCUAUUAUUGCCGCGUUUAUCUUUGCGGCCACGGACGCUAUCAAGGACGAUAACGAUAGCAGCAUGUCCAGCGUCACGCCUGUGUUAGCCUUUGGUGGGUUAAUGGCCUUGGUUGCCGCAGGAUUUAGUCGAUACCUGAUCCGAGUCAAGCAAUAGUCCAAAAAAAAUAAACACGUAUCAUUUAUUUUUUA